CCUCGCCAUCUUAUCUCAAGAAGCUUUGUUUCUUCAUAGCCGUCUCAAUGGCAUCUCAGACGCUCCAGUCUCUCCCAGCGCCGACUCCCAAACUCGGCCCUCUCUCCUCCAUGACCAACUGGGCUCGGGCGCUGUGGAGCUCGCCGUCGGACUCCGAUCCGGCCAAGCCAGAGGCGGAGGCCAAGAGGCUGCAGCAAGGGAUCGCGGAGUUCUACGACGAGUCCUCCGGAGCAUGGGAGGGUAUCUGGGGAGAGCACAUGCACCAUGGGUUCUACCUGCCCGGCGAGAAGGCCUCGCUUUCCGACCACCGGUCGGCGCAGUUGCGGAUGAUCGAGGAGGCCUUGAGCUUCGCCGGCGUACCCGAUGAUGAGGAAGGGAGGCCCAAGAGGAUUGUAGAUGUUGGGUGUGGAAUUGGAGGCAGCUCCAGGUACCUUGCUAGGAAGUAUGGGGCAAAAUGUCAGGGCAUCACUUUGAGUCCCUUUCAGGCCAAAAGAGCCAAUGAACUUUCAUCAUCCCAAGGGCUCAGUGAUCAAGUGUUCUUCCGGGUUGCAGAUGCACUGGAGCAGCCUUUUUCAGAUGGGGAGUUUGACUUGGUUUGGUCCAUGGAGAGUGGAGAGCACAUGCCUGACAAGAAGAAGUUUGUGAGUGAGUUAGCGCGAGUCGCCGCUCCCGGAGCAACGAUCAUCAUCGUGACGUGGUGCCACCGGAAUCUGCAGCCCAAUGAGGAGUCGCUACAGCCGCAGGAGGUGGAUCUGUUGAAGAAGAUAUGCGAUGCAUUCUAUCUUCCUGCAUGGUGCUCCGCUGCAGAUUAUGCUAAACUUGCAGAAUCCCUCAACUUGGAGGAUAUCAAGACAGCAGAUUGGUCCGAGCAUGUGGCACCAUUUUGGCCUGCUGUCAUCAGAUCAGCAUUAACCUUAAAAGGCCUCAUUUCCAUGCUUAGAGCUGGAUGGAAAACCAUGAAAGGAGCAAUGGUGAUGCCACUAAUGAUGGAAGGCUACAAGAAGAACCUCAUAAAGUUUGCCAUAAUCACAUGCAGGAAGCCUCUAUAAGCAACUUAUGAACGAAUCUCAAACUUUUAUGGUCUUUGUAAUCAGAUGACAAAUAUCAACAUGCAAGAGCAUUUCUAGGACAUGUGAGCGGUUUAACAUAAUUAUCUGAAUUAGGUAACAGGAAAAAUGGUAAUUCCAGAAAAAAUUUUGUAUAUGGCUCUUUUCUGUGAAUGUGUGUGAUUCAAUUAGACAUGAACUUAUUUCA